AUCUCGGAAGGUCGCGAGCAGUGCGAGUGCGAAAAAAAAAGCGCGCCGUUGGAAGAAUUCGACCUCUACACAACGUGCUCGGGUGAAUCCACGAUUUGGUCCGUUUUUUUUUCUUCCCAUAAUUGUUAAGGAAGAUGGAUUAAGGAUUAAGCCGCAGAAAUACCGCGAAGUGCGAGAGGGCAAAGUUCUGCAAACAAGUGAUUAUUAUUUCUUUCAGUUUGGGGACCCCAUUUACACGCUACUUUAUGGUAAUCGCAUCGUUCGCCGAUGGUUGUUACCUCUGGGGACAGAGAUCAAACGGUGGAUGAUGCCGUGCAGUCGAUGCCUAUGCUGCUGGUACUACUAAUGGUUAUUGUGUUUGGCCGUCGCAAUCAGACCGUGAGAGUAUCGUCUUCCCGCUGAAGGUGAAGGUGAUUUGGGAAAUUAAAAUCGCGUCUUUCCCAUUGAAACACGGUGGGGAAGUGGGCGAAGUGGUGGUACUGAUGAACGAUCAUCGUUUUUCCGCGCUCUGCACGGCUUUAUCGCAAUGAACUUUGAGCAAGUGAUAAAGAUCCCACGCGCGAAUGUCGCGAUUGGCCGCUGGUUUGUAAUGUAUUCGGAAUUGCUACUUGGUGAGAAAUAAUUGUCUAUUUUUAUCCGUGGAAGAUAUAGAAAAGGAGAUAGAGCGUGACAGUGCUUUGGGUUUUGAGUUUUUUUUUGCCACUUCUUCUGUCGCAAAGGAAUUGUGAAACGCAAAUAUAAUUAAGAUAUAAAGAUUCGUGGAAGGAAAUCGUAACCAAAGGGAAGGCAGUGAAAAUAAAUUCGCCGAAAAUGGCUGAAUGUUCAAUGCCGAAGCAAUCAAAGUGAAUUAUUGUGUGCGUUUGGUAAUGUGUUUUUGGAAUCAGAAAUCAAAUAUGUGAUGGGGUUCUGUUUUAAUUUGUGAAGAAAAAAUAUAUAACUCAAGCCUGGAAGUCUGGCUGAAGAAGUUGAACAGAGCUCGCAGUGGGGAAACAAGAAGAAUUCGACACAAUGUGCUGUUUGAAUAAUGUAUUGCUGGCGCGCGUCCUUCUUGAACGUCUUACAAAUUUGAAUUUCAAUUCACUGUAUUGUCAAUAUGUGGAAUAUAUAUCAGUUCGAGUGAUGUAAUAAUUGAAGCGUUUUCCGCUCCCCGAAUGGUGUCAGUGAACUGCUGAGAAGAAGCAAGACUUCUGAAAAUUCAAGAAAAGGAGUUUACAAGGCAAGCGAAACAUUUCGAGCAUCCGUCGAGGACGAAGCCGGAUAGCGGAUAGCGUUGGUCAUCGUUUCCCAAGGCCGCGCACCACUUCCACCCGUCCACCAAAUGUUUGUUUGGUCAUCAUUCACGUGCCAAUCGAUCCGGGUGUCAAGUGGAAACGAGAGAAACAAAAUAAACAUCCCGCCAGCAAAAUUAUCGCAAAAUCAUCGGAGAAAAGAAAAUAAUUAAAAGUGCAAGCUGGACUAAAAGCUGCGAAUGUGUGUUUGGUCGAAGUUUUGCGCCUUUCCUUCCCCGGUGGGUAGGGAAAAUUUUAUUAGCGCGGGAAGAAAACUUUCGUUCGAGUGCAGCUGAAAAAGUUGGUGGAAGUAGAGGAAAAAGUUUGCGUCAAGUAUUUGGCGAGGGAUGUAACUUUCUGUCCUAAAGUUGCAGCUGCUGUGGGAAAAUUAAACAGAAGAAGAAAAAAAAUGUAAGAAAGUUGGGCAACAAAACUGCCUCACGAAAGUCAUUUAAGGUGGGACAGAAAGUGGAGACAUUGAAGUGCGAUCAAUUUCAAGUGGAGUGUGAAAAGUGGACCAAAGAAUAAAAACAGGAAGUGCGCAAAAGAUAUGCAAAUGAAGUGUUUUUUUUUCUAAGUAGCGCUUCUCGUGAUACAAAAAUCAAGAAGAUAAAGUGGAAAGUCGAUAGAGGCAGUCGGGGCAUGGGAAUUGGGAGCAUGAAUGAAAAUUUUGGCAGAACUUCGAAGUGCGAAGGAAAUAGUGCUUAGAAGUGGUGCAUGGAAAUAGAUAAUUACUUUCAGAACUAAUUCCCCGCUGGAAGCCCUUCAGUCCAAGUUCGUGAAAGUGAGGUGGAAAAAGACUACAGAUUACUAACAAAGGCCGAGCGAAUCGAAGGAAAUCCCGUGCUGGCGUUACUCAUCAGCUCCAGCGGAUGAUAGAAAAGAGACGGUCUCCUUGCGGUACAAGAUGCAACGCUGUGACCGACGGUAUCAACCCAGGCUACCUUCUGCAGUAACCCCCGGAGCAUCCCAUGUCGGUAAGCCUUGGAUGAUAAUUCUCAUGGGCGCAACAAAAGUCACGUGUUCGAAGCUGCCGAGUUAACUUGAUAAGUGGAACCACGUCGCAGGGAAGCAUUGACAACGGAGAACAACGUUGUGAACAAGAGGAUAGAUGACCGUGUACUGCUGAAUUGCGGAAACAUUUCACCGCCUGAGGUGUAUCAGCAAACUGCUCGUUAGGGGAGGACAAGAAAAAUAAUCAAAAAUCAAAAGACGUAACGCUUUAACGAAGAACUGCAGAAGCUUUAAUGGACAUUAGGGACUAAGGAAAACGAUAUUGUGAGGCUCUAUGCUUAGAUAUAGUUUAUGAUAGGCUGUUGAACUAGCUUAGGUAGGCAUGAAAAUGAACGCGACGAACGAUGAUUUUCGUUACAAUGUGGUAAUCGACGAACACUACAUGCUGCACGAGUCGAACCACACAGAUGGAUUUCUCAAUGAAACCGAAUAUUAUAACAUGUCAACAUGUUACUACGCGUUGGAAUGGGGCUCAGAAACCACGGCUUUCGAAUUUUGGGUCAGUGGAAUUAUUAUGAACGCGGUUGCUCUGCUAGGAAUACUUGGCAACAUUCUAUCGAUGGUGAUUCUAUCGAGGCCUCAGAUGCGUUCUAGCAUAAAUUAUCUACUGAUAGGUCUAGCUCGCUGUGAUACCGUUGUCAUCCUGACAUCGAUGCUGCUGUUUGGCAUUCCCGCAAUAUAUCCAUACACGGGCUAUUUAUUCUACUACUACUAUGUGAUACAUCCGGUCAUAUCGCCUGUCGUUUAUCCGCUGGCUAUGACGGUUCAAACGGCCAGUGUCUACCUGACACUUACGGUUACUCUCGAACGAUACGUAGCUGUCUGCCAUCCUCUUCGGGCACGAGCUCUCUGUACAUACGGUCGAGCGCGGAUAUACGUAAUAGCCAUUCUGAUUCUUUCUCUGCUUUACAAUCUGCCUCGUUUUUGGGAAGUGACGGUAUCCUCGUUCGACCACCCCGAUUACAAGGGAGCUUACUGCGUAAGUGCAUCCGCACUACGAACGCACGACCUAUACAUCAAAGUUUACGUCCACUGGAUGUACACUGUAUUCAUCUAUCUGCUACCCUUCAGUGCGAUCUCAUUCUUCAAUGCAAUGAUCUAUCAGCAGGUGCGCAAAGCAAAUCGGGAACGCCAACGAUUGUCCCGCUCCGAAAAACGGGAAAUAGGUCUCGCUACCAUGCUGAUUUGCGUGGUUAUCGUAUUCCUGCUGUGUAAUCUCCCCGCCAUGGUCAUCAACAUAAUGGAGGCCGUCUACUCGGACAUCAAUGAUUAUCUAGUCAAAACGUCCAACCUGCUAGUCACCAUCAACUCCUCCGUCAAUUUCAUAAUCUACGUAAUCUUCGGGGAGAAAUUCAAACGAAUUUUUCUUCUGUUAUUUUGUAAAUCGCGGCUAGCGCGGGAACUGCCCGAUGGCUUCCUGCAUGAGGAUAGUUCGUUCUCGAACGGGGAGGGAAGCAAUCGAAAUUCCGGACGGUUCCAGCGAGUAGGUACGACCCGCAGCAGUACCAAAAUCAGCAACAGCACGCUGGGUAGCAUACGGACGACGCGUACCACCAUCCGAAGUACGCGUGCCCCCUCGCCCGGUCCCAUAGUGUACUACCCGGCGAGGGAAACCCUGCCCCGUCUGCAACCACAUUCGACCAUCACGAGAAGCACCUCGAUGUUCCAUCCAUACUGGGAGCGGGAGCACGGCAACGGUAUCAUGAUGGCCACAUCUGGGUUCUAGUCUAUGCUCAAGAUUUCCUCGGCAACCGAAGGAGAUCAUACGUUCUAGGUCGAUAGGUAGUGUUAGUUUAGCGAGUUCUGUAGCUUUAACAGUAAACGAUACCUGAAUGUUGGAAACGGUCCAGGUGGUGAAUGGAGGUGAAUAUCUGGUGUAAAAUAGCGCAGUCGUCUGCUGACUAGGGAAUGAUUACAAUCGUAUAUGAGAGAUAGGUUUUAUUUUAGUUUGAAUUGUUCUGAAACCUAUUCAAACUAUUCAUCAUUUAUGGUUGGGAAAUCCCGAAAUCUUAAAAAUUAAAUUAUCAACCGGAUCCAGCGCACAGCUUUUUAAAGAGUUUUGUUUGCGAAACCUUUCAUAGGUCAGACGAUAGUCUUUCAAAAAAAUCCACAUUACAGUUGACUCCAAAAAUGGGUCAAAAUGUCGCGCUCGGUAUAGUCUACUUUAGCUGAACCGAGUCAAUCACCUCUGAGGAUUCUUAUGAACCUUGAUGCCAGCUUUUCUUUCCCUUUAUCAAUCCAAAACAGAAGAUUAGCAGGAACACCGCACAUACCUCGUUCUUCACGACAAUAAUUUUUUUGAAUACAAUUUACAUGACAGAAGAACUAGUAUCUGAGCUCCCUCUUGAGAUCGGGGUGACGAGUUCCAGUAAUCUAAUAAUUUCCUUAGAAGUAUGAACUUUUAACAAUUUUUUUGCAUUUUUUUCGUUUUUUUACUAUGAGGGAAUGAACUUCAAUAUACUGGUUACGUUUCAACUCCACUGCUUUAAAAUAUCUUAGAAUGUUCGCACUCUGCUCUUGACACCAUCUAUAAGAUUUUGGGCAAUGGUAGAGCCGAUUUCUUUCGAUACUUUUACCUACUAUUUUUUCGAAACCAGUUCGUUCUCUAACAGAUGUUUUAAGAAGUCUAAAAUUUCUCAAACAACAACAGUGAUAUAUUUGUACCAUCCUAACACCGACCGCACGUAAAGGGUGGAACGACCAAAAAGUGCUAAGACAAAAUAACGUUUAAUGAUGUUUAUUCGUAAUUGAAAAAUUCAUGUUUUUUUCUUUUUGAAGUUCAUACAUUAGGGGCUGUCCACAUACCACGUGGAAACAAAAAGCACGAUUUGAGACUCCCCCCUCCCCCUUCGUGGACGAGCGUGGACAUUGACCAGACCCCUCCCCCUGUUGUCCACGUGGACAUUUCUGAAUAUUUUUUAAUUGAAAAUUACCAAAUAAACCACGCUUGUUCCAUUUCAAAUUCAUUUCAUGUUAGAUUUUGUUUAUCAGAAAGGACUGUUUCAAAUGACUUUUCCACUCACACGAAUAAAAAGUUAGGAGUUCAAGGGUUUAGAGGCGUAUGAACUGAAAAGUUCAAAACCUCUUUAAAACAAAGAAUGUCAAUAGGAGUUAAGGAAGUAUUCUUGAAUCAUUUGCAGCCGUUUUUGCAUCGAAACCACCGUGCUAUUUCAAAAAAGGUAGAAGGCAUGGUUUAUAGGACUGGGGCUUCGAUUCUGGACUGCCCUGCUUUUUUACCAGUUCCAACCCCAAUCGAUAACUUAUGUAGAUUGAUCGCACGAAGAAUAGAAGAAUAGAACUGCCGAAGAAGGGGCAGUAUGUGAGUUAUAUUGAGCUUAAACGAGCAGCUACCUCUGCGUGGGGCGAGAUUCAAAUUUCCACAUGCCGUAGCUUGGCCGAAUACGUUGUUUGGAUCGAUUGGAAACUAAGGAUGGCCUACGAAUUAUAAUCUUGUUGUAAUUCGUGCGAAAUUUGUUGUUAAUUUUGUAAAGAAGUGACAUUUUUUUAAAUUAUUUUUUUCAAAUUGCUCGAAUUUCAAUUCCUCGCGAAAGUGUACAUUUUUGGAAAAGGUAAUGCAAGUAAAAAAUUAAAUCUUCGCGUUCGCAUGUCCGUUCUCAGCAAAAAAAAACCUUUUUUACGAUGCAGAACUAUAGUCAAAAACCAGGACCUCAUUUUGAGGGACUGUUUCGAAAGAUGGCACACGAACGAGAGUUUUAAAAUAUAUUUUUUCUAUAUAAAACAGCAUUUUUAAACACAUUAUUCAGUAGAUACAUAUAUAAAGUUCACAGCGAAUUGAAAAAAAUAUUGUUUAUAUUUCAUUGUCAUACAAAUUAUGCAUCACUGCUCUUUCAAGGAAAAAUAAUUCCAACCAGUAUGGCACCCAUAUACGAAUUGAAUACGACCGCAAAGGGUUAACAUGCAACUGUGUAUCUAUAUAAAGAUUAUCAUUAUUUUGGCAUUUUUUUACAAUUUUGGUACAUAGUCAUGAUUUGCAACUAGAGUAUGCAUUUUGCAUAUUUUAUUUUGAAAUGGAAAAAAUCCUCUGAAGGUCCACGACCAGGAGCUCCAGCCAUACUGACUUUUGGGAGAAGAUUGUUUGGACCGAUUAGAGUAAGUUUGAGGAAAUGACAGCCUGAAGUAUAAGCUAUGCAGCCUACUCAAGCAACAGCAAGCAAGUGGAGGAUCACUGCGUGUGUGGGGCUGUUUAUUGGAAUGGGGUGGACAAUCUCGUCAAGAUCGAUGUAAAGAAGAACUCUGAGUCCUACGUCAAUGUCUUGGAGGAGAACUUAAAGCCGUCUCUCAGGAAAAUGAAUACUAAAGGCUAUAUUUCCAAGCGGGACAAUGAUCCCAAGGACGCCUCGGAGGUUGCGAAACACUAUUUCCAGUCCAAAAAGAUUAAAAUGCUUGAGUGGACAUCCCAGUCCCAAGACCCCAACUCCAUUGAACAUCUAUGCACAAUAUUGGAUGAAAAAAUCCAAUUAAUUGGAAUUUUAUAUAAAUUUGAAAAUGAAUAAAAACAAUGGCUUGUUUACAUGCUUUCCAUUGUAAGAAAUACGUUCAUUUUCACAAAAUCAUGAAAAAGUAUUUUGCGUAACGCUGUUUUCUUUCCAACACUGUACAUAGGACAUUAAGUAACAUAUCGAGAAGCUCUUGAUCAACCUGACAAAUCUUCACAAACUGCUUUGUGAUUAGUUCUCUGACACCAAAUUGCUAGAUAUUUACUUCCGUAGCAAUUUCAUUUUAAGCAUCUUCAAAAACCACGAAUUCUACCAUUGUGUUCACACUGACAAGUAUUUGAAAAAAAACAUCAGGCAGCUUAACCUUUUUAUUGUUAAAUAUGCAGAACAAGCAUGAAGAAAAGCUUGAAAGUUCUUGAAAAUGAAAAACAGAUUUUGUUGAUUUUUAAAUAUAGAUGUGAUUGUUUUUUUCUGAAACAUUUAUUUCACGUAUUCACGUGGACAUUCGCUGUACCCCUACCCCCCACAUCAUGGACAAUCGUGGACAUUUUCGUAACCUCUACCCCCCUAAAGUUGUCCACGUGGUAUGUGGACAGCCCCUUACAUAAUUAAAAAAAAAGGUUUUCUGCGGCGAAAAAACGAAUGCUCGGGCCUUAAUUUUCACAUGCUGCAUCAGAUUUUGUACAGUCGAUUUGUCGACCUUCUCAGCUGCUAGGGGACGGCGGGGAAGACGGCCACCCGGGGUAAGAUGGCCACUCUCCAGAUUAUUGAAACAAACACCUAUUGGACAAUUAUAUUACAUUAUUUUAGUGUAUUGCAUUACCCUCAAUUAUGCAUACCCAGUUUGCCGUGUGUAUAGGUAAAACGUUAUGAUAAAACAACAAAAAUAAACUUUUCAGAUGGCGACGAGCACCGAUUUAUAAAUUUGCUCGCUUGAAAUUUAGCGUUUUAGUGGUGAAUAUGGACAUGUCUUGUGAAACCAAUGUUAUAAUAGUAAACACACAGGUCUGUUAAGUGUGGUCAUAUAGAAAACCGUAUGUUUUUUAAGCAUUUCAUUGAAUUACUAAGGCACUUUUACUCGACUCAUACCGAAAUUAAGACGGCCACUAUUGUAAGAAAUGUGAUUUGCCAUCAUUUGAAUGCACGUUACACCACUUGAAUUGUUGGUUGUAUAAGCUGAGGCACAUUUCAUGAUAAGGGUUGCACAUUAAGCACGUUAAGGUAAUUCAGGGAAAAUAACACCUUCCACUCUUGUCACGCAUGAUCUAAAGUACAAUGGGUCUUGAUCUGUAGUACAAUUCUGCCGCAAACAAUUAUCCUCUAUACUGCUAAAAUCACGAGUUAUUUCAUGUGGCCGUCUCACCCCUAGUGGUGGCCAACUUUACCCGGCAUGAUUUUAGUAGCAUUAUUUUCAUACCUUUUUUGAUUUAUCAUAUAACAUUAUGAAAUAAAAAAUAAACUUUCUGAAAAUCAACGUGAUUGCGGAAAACAUCCUAAAGAUCGAUGCUUCAUUUUUUUAUACAUUGCGUUUGAUUGUACUACAUCCUCAGAGUGGCCGUCUUACCCCGUCCUGUUCUUCACGCCAGUUCGCCUUGAAUUGCUCCCGACAACUUUUUUUUUUGUUUUCGUCAAGUUCCGCUUGACGAUGGCUAAGUAUUGUUUGUUCAGGUGAAGCUCUGGGGUGUUGGUCGGGUUCUUAUCCUUAGACGUUGUUGGCCGCAUACCACUCCAGGGCCUUUUUGCCGUAGUGGCAUGAGGCCAAAUUCGGCCGAAACAGCACGGAACCCGUGUGCUGCUGCAGGAACGGCAGGAUUCGUUUUUGGAAGCACUCUUUGACGUAAACUUCCCGCUUGAUGGUGCCGGUUGUUACAAAAAUUUUGCCCUUCUCUCCACGCGAGCAUAUCGCCUGCCAAACCAGAUAUUUCUUUGCGGAUUUUGACAAUUUAACGUUUUUAGAUAUCUCUGAAGGUGGAAACAGAAUACCGCGCUAUGCGUCACGUUGCGACAAUUGUGCUUUGACACUUCAUUUUAAAUAUGUGUGUUCCCAUUUAGUCGAACACAAUAAUGCUUUGCGUCAUUUGUACUAAACGCUAACAUUUGUUCUAAAUUGCUUGCGCCGAAUUCGCGAUGACAGUGGCACGGUGUCGACGUCUGGUGGCAACUUCAAAUUAGGGCCAUAAUUUGGGUCCCGAACUCAUUAGUGUAAUCUCUAUCAGAUUAGAAGACGCGAAGCCGGUUUUAAAAUUCUAAAAUUUGAAUAAAAAUUUUCACAUCAUGUUAUUUGAUUACUUGAAACACGUGUUCUGAUUUUCAUUCAACCAUAUGGCUAAACAAUUCCAACAUUGUUGCUGAAUUUUUUCAUCAUAAUAUAGAGUUGUCUUCAUAAACAAUUUUCGUAUGGGACUUUUUCCCCACCUGCAAACAAAAAUGUUUCUCAUUUAAAUACUAGUUUGAUAUGGAGAAGCUAAUUUUCAUUCAUAAUUUUAAUUUUGGAAACGUGUUCAUUCCGACUGAAAAUCAGCUAUUCUUUCACGCUCCCUCAAACUAGUAAACGAAGCUCAAUGCCGCCAGCGCGGAUAUGUCAAUGUGUUGUUUUUAAAAACAUUUAACUGAUCCAUGGACACAACAAGAACAAGAUUUUCAUACGAAUUUUUUUUUUUUCAUACGAAAUUUACGCGAAUGCUAGAUUGUGACUGCAAAUCAACAGACUGCGUCGGGCGAAUGUUUUAGUACAAAACGCAAGCAAUGACAGCUGAUGAGAAGCAACGCACAACGCGGCAUUCUGUUUCCACCUUGACUCCUUGCCGCUGCCCGUCGCCUUGUAGAAUUCUUGUCUCGGAAGCUGGUUAAGGUCGGUUCUGACGUAUGUCUCGUCAUCCAUAACGAUACAGUCGAAUUUGUUCAACGUCGUCGUGUAAAACUUCCGUGUCCUCGUUUUGGCCGAUUUGUUUUGCUUUCCGUCGGGGUUUGGGGUCUUUACCUUUUUGUACGUUGACAACCCAGCUCAUUUCUUGGUGCUUUGCACCGUGGUGUGGGACACUCCGACUUUAUUUGCCACAUCGCGGAUCGAUAAGUUUCGAUUCCUCGUGUAUGUCUUCUUCACCGCUUUGAUUAUCUGUUCGACCGUCGGGAUGUGGUUUCCUUCACUUAUGCGACAAAAGCGGAAAUUCUUGGUGCGCGUACAGAAUUUUAAACGCCGUUCCUCAUGUGUGAAAGUCAUUUUGACAACCGAAGAGUGUGCGCCGAAAACAAAGUAGGCACUUCAUUCUACACACCUGUGACAACAAAAAUAGGGGUUCCCCUUUUUUUCAAAUAAUCGAUUAUGGGAUUGAUGCUACGUUGAAGUUAAGCACUUUUUGGUCAGGCCACCCUUUAGUGGCAGAUGCCGAAACCGGUCUAAACAGCGUCUCACAUCCGUGAGGCCGCAGGAAGGACAACAGGUGUUUCUGAGGACUCUCGUCCCGGUAAAUUUGUCCAUUGCUGGUAUCCGUCGUGAUGACUCAACAGCUACACCGCUCUCAUGAAACACAAAUGUUUUACCGAAAAUCAGUGCAUUCCGAAAAGUCUUCGUAUCGCAAAUGGAAGUACAGUAGAACCCCGAUUAUCCGCAGAAUAGUCUGGCCAAGCCACCGCGCAUAACGAAAAUCGCGGAUAACGCGUUAAAGGACUGAAAAUGAAGUGCAUACGCGAAAACAAUGAUAUUUCGCGAUAAACGCGAAAAAAAUGAUAUUUCAACGCGAAAACAAUGUUUUGUCAAUGCAGAAAUCAUAAAACUAUCCAUUUAUAAGGUCUUGUACACCAGUAGUCAGAUAAUCUGUAAGUCAUGACCAUAAUAAGAGAGCAACUGCCUAUCUCUGACUGACAAAUUUCGGGAAGCUCUAUAAAAUUACUAUGAGCUUGCUUUCGUGGAUGAACCACACCACGGAUCAUCCGCUCGUGGAUAAAUGGGGGUUCUACUGUAUCUUGACAUGAAGCGAGCGAAAGGUUGAGGCAGCAGCACUUCGAUGAAUACCUGAAUGGCGUGAGGACCAGGACAAUGCUGGAAGUGAUUACUUGAAAGCAGUAAAUGAUAAAGAUGUGCCAACCACAACGAUAGGUGAAGUUAAGAAUGCGAUCAAACAGCUGAAAAACAACGAAUCAACUGGUUGAAAUCAAAUUAACGUGAACAUUGUCACCAGAACAUCUGGGAAUGUAGCAGAACAUUACACCAGACCUAGGCACGAAGCAGAGAGAAGAGAGUUGGAUGGAGAACUGAUGCGUUUAAACCCAAUUAUAAGCUGGCUGCCGGAUCUAAUCACGACAGAAACCGAUUAGAUGGUAGUAUAGUGAUCGACGGCGAUGAGUUCGAGAUAUUGGAUCGAUUUGGCAAUAUCACUGGUAACAACUGAGAUACUGCGUCAGGGGAUGCAUUAGCAAUCGGUCAUGAUCGUGCCUUCAUGGCUUCCACAAACACUUGAGAUCAAACAGACCUAGCAAUCGUGUGGAAUGUAUAAAACGCUCAGGAAACGGUUGUCCCCUACGGGCACGUGGAUGUGCCACGGCUGUGUGCAGAAAGACAGCGUAUGGAGACGAAGUAUGAGCCACUAGCUCACGAAGGUCUACGGUGGACCCAGUAUCGAGUGGCCAACGCUAGAAGGAAAUACUUGACAGGACUUGUUUGGAAGAAUACCGAACAACUAUCCUGAAAAAGGGGAUCAUCGGGAAUACGGCGGUUACGAAACGACAAGGAGCGCAGCGAGCAACGUGGUUAGAGCAAGUGGAACAGGACCAGGUGAUUACGGGGUGAAAUGGGGCUGAAAUUUAGCAUAGGGUGUUUUUCGAGGUUGUGAACAUUUUGUAUAGGGUAACUUUUUGAAAUUUUAGGGUCGAUUUUUUCCCAUACAUUCAUUGGCACCCUAAUGUACCCGCAUGCAUUUUUGCACUCAGAAAUGUGCGCGGACUUCGAAAGCGGUGUGAACACAACGCUUUGGUUCAGUUAUACAAAACUGCCUUGGAAGAAAUCCCUUCGUAUCUUCAGCUCACUGAACUUCCGCCGUUCUACCGUUUCGUUUGGUAACAUGUUGAUCACAAUUUGCUGUGAUAACGUCGAUUGAACAAUAUGCGUUCAAUUCACAUGUCAAAAUCAAAACUGAGUGCCUGAAGUUCAGCAAAUCAAACAAAUUUGCAUGACGUGACAACGGUUUGACUCAUUGAAAACAGGUUUUUUUUCUCGUUUUCAUGUAUAAAUCACACGAUUUCCAAAUGAUAAACGAUUUUAAAAUGAAAUUGAAAAAAAAUUCCUACAGAAAUCCUCAGUUGGAGAAUAUUUUGCAGUAGAAUUCGCUUGUUGCCAGCCCAAUAUUUUUGUGACGUGACAACACCUGUCUUUUUGCGGGUUCCGACUUCUGAACAUUAAUGUUGUCUUUUCUGUUACGUUUCAAAACAUACAAAUAAAUUUUGUUCUAUGAUUUGUCAAUUAAAGAUGAACGUAGAUUCCUGUAUACUCAGUUUUUCAAAAAACUCGCAAGAACAUGCAUUUUGACGGCAUGCGACGUGACAACGCACUCUGUGCGUAUAAACAAUCUCCACGAAGCGUUGUCACGUCACACAAUCAAUAAGUUGUAUUAAAUAAGAAUUUCACCGUAUUGUAGCAAGCGAUAUACUUUUGUUGUAUGUUUUUUUUAUUACUCUGAAUACUUCUUACUUUCCUCUGAGAUCUCCCUUUACCCUCCCAAAAGUCCAUCCUAUAGGGGAAGGUGGUCCUGAACCUACCCUCAUUUGUAUCUCAGGAACGGUGCUUCCUACUGAAUUUUCAAUAGUGUCAAAUGGAAGGUGUCAUAACGCUCACAAUUUGAUAAUAUGGUGAUUUUUUUCUGGCCCUCUUCAUUCUAGCGUUUUAGCGCCAAUUUACGUUUUCAUUCCUUCAAAAACAGAGAAGAAAUAUAUUCGACCUGUGUGCAAAAUGAGUAUGUUCUUUGAGAUUGUGAACCAUUGUGAAACAAGGCAAUUUUAAUUGUUUAUGGUAUGUUCAUCAAAAUAUGCUAUAUAAAUUGGGUCUACAUGCUACCUGACCUGUAAUACACGGUAUGUCUUUAUUUGGGAAAAGUGAAGUGGUCCUAAACCGACAUCCAGUUUUCAUAUUGUGGUUGAUUAACACGUUCACUCUGGCGCUUGUCAUCAAUGGCUAACACAAUCCUGGUUCAUCGAGUAGCGCUCACUACAGGGGGAACACAUUUGAUUUUGUUAUCAGAAACUUUUGAUAAACUCUUUGUAUGCAUCCGCGCACAUACCCGUGCAAGGGCGUUUAUGUUUGCGUGUUGAAGAUGACUUUGACUUUGACGUUGACUUUGAUCGUUGAUCGUUGAUGUUUGCGUGUGCAUUUGUAUGUGAAAUUUCUUUGCAUAACUCCACACACGUCGCUCUAAGGCUGAGAUAUUUCCACUCAAAUAUGAUCUCCCUCUCACUUAAAUUCUAUCUCUCACUACCAAACAUUAUUCUUCUUUUUAUUCCUCUUCGCGCAUCCAUGGAUAUAUACCAACAUUACCAUUAACGAUCGUAUUGUGGGAUUUCAUUAUAUCCAUUUUUAACGAACCGGAAGUCACCAUCCUCGGUUCAAAAAUGGCAUCGGAAUACGAUAUUCGACUUCCGCUAGUAAACCCAUAUCGUAUGGUUUAUAUUUUGUUAGCAUUCAAUACUACCAUCAGCGAACCGGAAGAUGAAAUAAGAUUAUAUCUUAUAUUAUGGAAUCUACGUUCAUAUAUUGUUGAUAAAACAUAGGAGAGCCAUCAUUUGAAUGUGUUGAAACGAAACUGUAAUUAAUUAAAUUUAUCAUUAAUGUUCAACAGUUCGUAACAGCAAAAAGUCAGGUGUAGACACGUCACAAAAAUAUUUGACAGACAACAAGCCAAUCUAAUUAUAAAAUAUUCUCCAACUGAUGAUUCUAGUUGGAAAUUUUCUUAAUGUUACUAUAACAUCAUCUACGUUUGUGUGCUUUAUUUAUGAAAACGCAAAAAAAAAGUUUGUAAUGAGUCAAAAUGUUGUUACGUCACACUGGAAUAGAUCGUAUACUUUUCGUGACAUGACAACAACUUCAGGGGGGUCUCCGUAGCCACAUUGGUUGCGCGUUCGCUUAUUGAGCGAUCGUUCGUGAGCUCAAAACUCAGGACCCUCAUUGACCAUUUUUGUGUUGUUACAGAAUAACUACGUCCACGCAACAAUCAUCAGCAAUGAAGAUCGAUCCACGGACGAAAUAAGAUCGAUUCAUCCAUACAAACUGCUAUGCUCUGCAAGACACAUCAGACUGCUGUUCUAGAAAUAACUCAACAAUGAUCAAUCAACUGUCUCCGCUGUCCGGUCUAACUGGAUAAUGGACGAACAGAAAGGAAACUCUUACGCCUAAAUGGCUAUUGUGUGAAUGUGUACCGCAUGCAAUGGUAUAGAAGGGAAUACUCUAACGCCGAAAAAUGGCAACUGUGUAAUGUGCUAAAUAUAGAUAUGAUAAAUAUGUGACAUGUACACGAUUAAAAUUCGGCUCCUGUUACAGCUAAAACGCUAAUGAGCCUAAAAUAAACAAAAAAAAUAAAAAAACAACUUCUGGAGACAUUUGAUACUCCUCUAUUUGUGGACCGAUCUCAACCAAAUUUUGUGGGUUGUUGACCUUCAUUGUUUGCUCAGAGAAACCCAAGUAUAAAAACGUUUGAACCUAUGUUCAUCUGAUAAACUAAAAAAAUGCUCCACUUUUGUGAUGUGGCUACGCUUCAAAAUACCUGUUUUUCAAACGCUUGUUUCUCAUAAAUUACAAAACGACACGUUGGUCUACCCACGGCUCUUCAAACAAGCAUUUAAUCACCCAUUCAAUGGUAUAUAGACAUUGAAGUUUGGUUAAGCAUGUGCAGAGAUAUCUCAGAAAACAUAAAAACAGUGAAAACCCAAAAUAUUUUAAAUAUAAUUAUGUAGUUUUUUAAACUCGCCUCUCCCAAAGGUUGGUGCAAAAUAAAAAAUUGUUACAAAACAAUUAUGAUAUAACUAGUGCCUAUUCAAAUAACGUUUUUAAUUUUCUCCUAUAACUAGAUUUGAAAUUUGGUUCUCUGGUGCAUAACCUUAUGAAAUGAGAUAUGUAAAAUACAUAGAUCGUUUAGCAAUUCUUCCGUUCAUAUAUUUUGGAAGUGCACGAUAAAUGAAUGAAAUGAACAAGGCAUUAUGCCAUACAUCGGACUUGCAACGAAGAAUGUAAUCUUUCACAAUGCAUGAAUUAACCAACAUUGGAAUUUGUUCGCAAUUGAAUUCGGAAAUUGUUUCAUUCAAUAACUUGUUUAAUCAAUAAAUUAACUGAGUGUAUGAUUACUAAACCAACAGUAGUCUUACGCCAGCCUUGCGUUUAUAUCUUAGGUAUAGCCCACCCAUAGUUUUUUUUCUUGAUUUCUCGUAGCACUUUUAUAUUUCAGCAUGCUGCCUCACUUGGGCCGCUGUAUGCCUAGCCUCGUCGUCUUAGGUGUAGCUGUCGAAACACCGCAUUUCAUGAGUCAGCCACCCAUGGGGAAUAGACAGACACGUGCAAUACGAAAUCUAACGUAACGUAAUAGCACCUAUAUAACGCAAAAUUAAAGUUUGUUUUUCAACCCUUCACAAUGAAGACAAAUUUACGCGAAUUUUCGCGAUCUUUUUUCGCCAUCCAAUCAGAACGAAGCACGGGAUCACUUGCAAAGAAGCGAAAAAAAAAUAGAGGUUCCCAAGCUUUUACUGCGAAAAACGGGGCUCUGGCAACCCUAUCCCAACCAAUUGAAAUUGAGCGUAGGCAGCAUAAAGCAGGGCUCGCGCUAAGGGGGCUCACGUUUUGUUUACUGUUUGGAGUCAUAUAUGUUAAUAUUUGAUUACGUUGGAUAGUUUCCUUUGGCAAGCAAUGUUUUUAUACCCACCCGGAAGCUUUCAUGGCGAUUUGCAAUUAAAAUCACUGCUACAGGAUCGCGUGGAGCACUUCAUUUUUAAAUUUAGGUUAUGAUUUCUAUGCUCAUGAGUUUCUAUGCUGGCUACAGAAUGGCGGCCAUCUUAGCAAUCCCUUGGCGAAAAAUACGAAUUCGCGUUGCUUAGACAGUUGCCACAUCAGGAAGUUGGAGCAAUACAAUCAAAAUGGGUGAAACAUGAUAUAAAAAAAUUCGCUCAGUUUCUCAUCGAUGGAACAAUGUAGGUAAUAUUCAAACUUGCUGCAGGAUAAUAAACAAUUUCUCAAUUUCUAUUUAUACUCUAUUGAUUUCUUCGAGUUCGAGAUAUACUUGAAUUUGUGAAUUUAUGAAUAAUAUGAAUUUGUUUCACCUACAACUUGUACAACUUGUAUUCGUUGUGAGGACGAUAGUUUGACAAAACUAUCUUCCUUACAACGAAAACAAGUUGUACGAGAUCGGUGAGACAAAUUCAUAUUACUCACAAAUGUGAGUUCAAGUAAAUCUCGAACUCGAUAUAAUUCAAUAUUAGAAAAUUUAGUAAAGUAUAAAGAAGAAUUCAGAAAAUUAUUUAUUAUCCUACAGCAAGCUUGAAUACAGCUUACAUCGUGCCAUCGAUGUGAAGCUGAGCGAAAUUUUGUAUAUCUUGUUGCGCCCAUCUUUAUUAUCUUGUUCCAACUUUCUGAUGUGAGCAGAGGCUACUGUCAAAGCAACGCGAAUUCGUGUUUUUUCGCAACAAAAGCUUGGGAAGUUCUAUCUUUUUUCGCUUUUUUGCAGGUGAUCCUGCGCUUAGUUCUGCUUGAUUGACAAAAACAGUUCACAAACAUUCGCGUAUAUUUGUCUUCAUUGUGAAGGGUUGAAAAACAAACUUAAUUCUAUGUAAAUGACUUUAGCGAAAACAUUUCGCAAGAACCAAUUUCGCUACUGAAAAAUUUGCUCAUUCAAAAACAAGCAUAACAUAGCUAACGCCAUAUUAGAAAAUAAAAGUUAUAAAGUGGACCUUACACGGUCAACUUUAUUGACAAUAUGAUGACAUUUGAGAGCAUAAUGACAGCUGAACAUGGCCGACGACGCAGAAAUCCGGAUUUUCUGAUUUUCGAGCAUCAAUAUCGUGACAUUUCAUAUGGAUGCAUCAUGUUGACGUUUUACCUCACGGACUUCCAGACUGAGUUGCCAAAUAUGCAAGCGCGCAUUUAAUUUUUGUUAGUCUUUUUUGCGAUUGCAAUUAAAAUUUAUAAACUACUGAAAUUGUAGGAAUCAUAAAUGGAAGGUUUUGGUUUGAAAAACCGAUACUUUGAAUAGCAAAAUACGGUACUUUUCAUGAUACAAAUCAAAACUUCAAAGUAAAUGACUGACCAUGACCACAACAAAAGAGCAUGGGCCUACCACUCACUAACAAAUUACGGAAAGGCCUAUUGAUUUACUAUGGAACUCGCAGUCACGAAUAAUCCGCAGGGCGGAUCACCCGCUCGCGGAUAAUCGGGGUUCUACUGUCAUAGGGAAUGGAAUAAAAACAUUUGCUUGCAGAUAAAAUAACUUGCAUAUAUUUUCGCAAACUAAAAUAAUCUGGCAUCUCUGAAACUGAAAGGAACAGUCUGUAUUUGUGAAACGAGUAUUAUGAUGUAUUUUUGAGAAGAAAAACCGAAUUCUAAAGUGUAAAUUAUGAAUGAAAAUUAACUUUUACGAAUCAAAUGAAUAGUCUAUGUGAAUGCAAAUCACUUUCUUUCUGCAAGUGGUGAGAAAAUCCCAUACAAAAAUUAUGUCUGAAAUUGACGUUAUAUUAUAAUAAUACAUUUUAGUAGGAAUAUCUGAAAAUUCAGGGGAAAUAGGUUAAGUUAAGGUUAGGACUACGCGCUUCAACUAAUUAAAUAAUACCAAGUAGAUAUUUUCAUUCAAAUUUUACCAAUUGAAAAUUGCCUUUUAGCCUUCUAAUCUGAUAGAGAAUAGUUUUGAUCCCAAACUCAAAUGUCGCCACUAGCCAUCGCGGAUAUUUUCGUUGUCACGGGUUGAGGGCGAUAUUGAUCGUGUAAGGCGGCGGUGACACUGGAUGCAGAAAAGUGGUCGUACGAAUUGUAUGCAAUAGUGAAGCUAAACAACCACAUUGAGUUGUAUUGGUGUGGUUACAUUGCUUCCCCCUUGCUUCGUUCGUAUUCGUCAGCUUCUAUCGAACAAAAUUGUUUGUUUCUAUUCGUACAAUCAAAUUUUCGUGCGUACUCCUAUCCAAAGUAACCUUAGCCUAAGGUGGAAAAAUAUUGAUUGAGGUUAGAUCAGAUGUUGAAAGCCUAGCCGUCACGAAAUUGAAGACACUUAUUGUCAAUCCGGUUUAUCGUGUAAGGUGCCCAUAACUGAAUGCUUUCCGUCGACACGUCAUGGCCUGGAUCCGUCAAUGUCAUCCGACAUGCUGAUAUCCAUUAAUUUGCUUUCUUCUUUACCACACGAUGUGUUCUUUCACUUUCCCUAAUGGAAUCUAAUGUUGCCUGUAGAAGCAAAAACACGAACCACAAUGAUCCAUUUUAUGGAAUGUGGCGUAGUUGUUUUGUCUUCAUUCGCGGAAACUAACAUAGAAUUGUUAUGUUUUGCGAAAAAUUUCAACGUGCUCCAUAUUAACCGUUCAAUCCAUUGUUUACGGAUACUGAAAGCAGCACGAGAUUAUCAGACGUCCUUUGUUCCUCUGAAACUUGUAAAUUAUGAUCCUUAUCGUGUACCUGUUAGCCUGUAUAUCACUAAUUUGUCCCCACCAAAUAAAUUGUUAUGCUGUAGGAUUCAGGAAACGUUGCGAAAUAAAAACAAUUUCCCCCCAAGUAUGCACAUAAAUGAUCCGGUUUGAUUGAUGUCGUUUGUAAUUAGCGCUAUCUAAAGCUGCAAUCUCAUUUCCACUUUCGCACACUUGUAAGAAACUCUCGGCAUUGUUGCUAUCGAAUUAUCACUUUUCCCGACCCAUAUCUACCUGUUUUUUCACCCACUGGCAUGUUGUAGAUCCCCAGCAAAGUGAAAUUUAAUUAGCAAUUCAUUUUUUAAAUUAACGGAACCCGCUUAUUCUAAAGACGCUGACAGCAUUCCUGCCACUAAGGAUCAAUUAGCGGGAACAUAUCUAGUUAGAGAAAACGUUUCUGCUAAUCACAAUUAUCUACAAUUGAUUAUAACACACAUACAUCUCAUUGCGAUUUUUUGACUUCAAUGGAUAGCAGACGACUCGAAUUUACGGGAGAAUGAAAAAAAAACCGAGCUUACUUCGAAUUGCCCACGGGCUCUGUGGUCAAGAAAAACAGAAAAUCAAAAACUUGUAAUAGAAAAUGAUUAAUAAACCUACGUUUUGUUAGCGUGUAGACAAACCAGCUCUCUCAGACCGUUAACGUUUGGUAUGCGUGAAACUACCUCAUUGAGUUUGCAUUAAGUUUUAUGUAAAAUAGAAUUUCAAUGAAAAAAAAUAUUACAAGAUACUAUCAGUAAUAGGAAAAAGAAAUACGCUUUAAAGUUGCGAAAACAAAGUUUCUCAAAACUCAUCCCACAUUUGGUUUGCGACGAUUGAUGGACGAAACAAUUGUAAAUAACAGUAAUAACGAUCAAAAUCCACACAAAAAGAACACAAAUAUCACUGUAAAUAUAGUAUUGUUUGAUACACCUCACAGAGCUCAGAGAUUUUUCAUCAAAUCAUCGUUCACACCGUAAAAAGAAAAAGAGUGAUGGAGUAGUGUAUUGUAAAAAUUAAAUUGAAACUGAUAAUAGACCCGGUUACCGUUCAAUCAUUUCAUUGUAAAUGAUGAUGUUCCAAUAAAGUCAUGAGACCCACAUGCAUGGAUUGCAGACCCUGUAUAG